CUCUCCUCUGCCAGACUCACCGAGAGACGGUGGUGUGCGAGGAGGGCCCGUGCGUAUUUACGCUCAGAGUGUGUGUGCAUGUGUCGGGGGAGAGUUGGAGAGCACCGCGGCGCACUGACAGGAGAGCCCUGCUUGUCUUAAGAGCGGGACCCGGCCAGGCGGGUGAUAAAGCCUCCAGAGAGAAGGAAGAACCGGCCGAGAGCUCUUUCAUUUUGUUUUUUUAUUUGACUGCCUCUCCACGCGCUCUCUCGGCUGCCGUUAACGCGCAGCUGAGAAGGAAAGCAAACAAGUUGAUUAAGAAGAAGGGUCCGAUUCAGCCCGAGCGGCUCCAGAGUUUUGAUCGUAUUUUUAGCAUCCCUCUUUCCCCCCCUUCUCCCCGUCCCUUCAGAGCGCGGAGUGUCUGAAGGAGGGGACGGGAGAACCGGGCGGACGGACCGUGAAGCUGCGCGCCUCUCCGGUGGAUGAUCCACUUGGAUGCGGGACGAUGGAUUAACAGCCUGCCCUGCCGCUGCUUCUUUUUCACCGCCGACCCCCUGUCCACCUCGGGAUUAUUUCAGCUCUCACCGACCUCCCCGACCUCCCUCUCGAGAUGACCGAGGAAUAUGUUUUGCGGUGCGUCCUGAUGCUCUGCUGUGCGCUCCUCUCGGCCAACGCGAGUAACUGGCUGUACCUGGCCAAGCUGUCAUCAGUGGGAAGCAUCAGGGAUGAGGAGACCUGCGAGAGGUUACGAGGCCUCAUCCAGAGACAGGUUCAGAUCUGUAAGCGCAGUGUGGAGGUGAUGGAUGCCGUGCGUCGUGGAGCCCAGCUAGCAAUUGACGAGUGUCAGUUCCAGUUUCGUAACCGACGAUGGAACUGCUCCACUCUGGAGACCAUGCCUGUGUUUGGCAAAGUGGUCACCCAGGGCACUCGUGAGGCAGCCUUUGUGUAUGCCAUCUCAGCAGCCAGUGUGGCGUUUGCGGUCACAAGGGCCUGCAGCAGCGGAGAGCUGGAAAAAUGUGGCUGUGACCACAAUGUACAUGGAGUCAGCCCAGAGGGGUUCCAGUGGUCGGGCUGCAGUGAUAACAUUGCGUAUGGAGUGGCAUUUUCACAGUCCUUUGUGGACGUGAGGGAAAGGAGUAAAGGCCAGUCCUCCAGUCGGGCUCUCAUGAACCUGCACAACAACGAGGCUGGCAGGAAGGCUAUCCUGUCCCACAUGCGUGUGGAGUGCAAAUGUCAUGGCGUGUCCGGCUCCUGUGAGGUGAAGACCUGCUGGAAAGCCAUGCCGCCCUUCCGCAAAGUGGGCAAUGUCAUCAAGGAAAAGUUUGAUGGCGCCACUGAGGUGGAGCAGCGCAAGGUGGGCACCACCAAAGUCCUGGUGCCUCGAAACUCGCAGUUCAAACCUCACACAGAUGAAGAUCUGGUCUACCUGGACCCCAGUCCAGAUUUCUGCGACUAUGACCCGCGCACGCCGGGUAUGCUGGGUACAGUGGGCCGCCAGUGCAACAGAACCUCAAAGGCCAUCGAUGGCUGCGAGCUUAUGUGCUGUGGCCGCGGCUUCCAGACACAGGAGGUGGAGGUGGUGGACAGGUGCAGCUGUAAGUUCCACUGGUGCUGUUAUGUCAAAUGCAAACAGUGCCGCAAAAUGGUGGAGAUGCACACUUGCCGGUGAUGGGAGUUGGGGGGUUACAGAGGGCACUGCUGAUGAACAAAUGAACGCCCCACAUUUCAACUCCAAGGCCAAAGGGAGCAAGGAGGACUUGUGAAGCUCCCUCUUCUCCAGCUUGAAACCACCCCACCCUCUUACUACUGGUCAACGGAAACAGACUAAGUGGCUGAGAGGUCAAAUGUCAUCCUAUUCAUUUUAUGCCAACGUAAUGGAUAUCAUUAGAUUAUGCAUGGGAUUUCCUACAAAGCUACAGAGGCAGUUUGUUUCUUCUCAAGUAGAGGGCAUCUUUCACUUUCUGUCUCCCUCCCUCACUCUCAUAUUUGCUUUGUCAUUGAUGCUUCUUAUUUUUGUAAUGUUUAACUUAUUUGUUGAGACUGAGGAGAUUGACGGAAGUUUGGACCUAGAAGGAGGGGACAGAUGAGUGGAGAUAAUAAGGGACAAACUGGACCCAUGGGUGGGCAGAUGGGUGGGUUGGGGUCAAAGGGUCGGGGUGGGGUCAAGAGGAGGGUUGUUUGCCCUCUGCCCUUGCUGCUGCUGCUGCUGCUGCUGCUUCGGGGACUCACUUUGAGUGCUGGAUGUCAAAAAAAAAGGGAGACGCUGAGUCUGUCAGAGGACGGACUCGAACAACAAAGAGGAGUGUGUCACAGGCGGACUUUCUGUGAUUUUCUUCCUGAGUGUACAUGGCUGUGCUGCGCUGAGGUUCAGUUGCUGUUGAGUCAUUUAUUUUACCCCCUGCAAUGCCCUGAUGCUGCUCCACUCACACACACUCUCUCUUUCUGUCAGAGGGAGGUUGAUGAUGGACAGGUGAAAGCCACUGUCAGCUCCUUCCUGUCUUUUCUGUAGGCCCGUAGCACUGGCAGGAGAUGGGCAUGAGACACACAAAACACACACAUACAAACAUCUGUAUAUCCACAGCUGCUAAUGGGGUUAGCAACCAGAAGCGUUAUGUCAAAACAGUUUCCAGAUCAGAUUUAAACAUGAUUUGUCACCAUUUCAGAACAUCUUGUGUGCUCAUUUAGAUCAAUGCUGAUCUUUGAGUUAGGAUGCCAUCUGCCAAAUGCUGGUUGGCUUAAUGCAAACACGAGUAAACACACAGAGACUUGCAUGCACCGGCAAAUACACACAAUGUAAACACACACAGAACACAAAGGGGUCUGCCAGAGGGUCACCGAGCAUGUUCACCAUGCAUGAUGACUGAAGCACUUUCUCUCCGAGCGCACAUAGAGCCCUCGCCCCACAGCAAGAGACAUCUCACAAUAUAUUCAAUUCCCCAUUCCUCUCUCUCUCAUACACACACACAUUCACAUUUCCCAUGCCACUGUGAGGACUCUAUUGUUGUCUUGUACCACCACCAUAAAGCCAAGCUUUCCUAUAAUAACGUGCUAUCAUUAUAGAGACAUACUGUAGAUCUGUAAAGACUUAUACACUGAAGAAGACUAUACUGCCUAUGAAUGUAUGUUAAUACGGAAUAUAUGCUGUGUGAAAAAUGA